GUGCAUGCCGGGAUAGGCCUCCCGCCCCGCUGGUUGCCAGGCGAUGAUGGGUGCUCUCGGGCUCGGGCUGCGGCUCCUGCUCCUGCUGGUACCGGCCGGCGAUUCGGCGGCGCCCGCCUGGGACCCAGCCGGUUACCUGCUCUAUUGCCCCUGCAUGGGGAGAUUUGGGAACCAGGCGGAUCAUUUCCUGGGCUCCUUGGCGUUUGCCAAGACUCUGAAUCGUACCCUGGCUGUGCCUCCCUGGAUCGAGUACCGACACCACAGGCCUCCCUAUACUAAUCUGCAUGUUUCCUACAAGGAAUACUUUAAGCUGGAACCUCUCUUAGAAUAUCACCGGGUUAUCAGCUUGGAGGACUUCAUGAAGAGAUUAGCACCCAUUCACUGGCCCCCUGGCAAGCGUGUGGCUUACUGCUUUGAAGCAGCAGCUCAGAGAAGCAGUGACAAAAGGACUUGUCCCAUGAAGGAUGGAAAUCCCUUUGGUCCAUUUUGGGAUCAAUUCAACGUGGACUUCAAUAAGUCUGAGCUCUUUGGGGGCAUUUCCUUCAGUGUCUCUUACAAGGACCACUGGAUCCAAAGGUUUCCACCAUCAGAGCACCCUGUUCUUGCCCUGCCUGGGGCUCCAGCCCAGUUUCCAGUCUUAGAGGAGCAUCGGCCUCUGCACAAGUAUGUUGUGUGGUCUGAUGAGAUGGUGCAGAAGGGAGAGGCCUAUAUUCAUUCUCUCCUGGUUAAACCCUAUGUAGGAAUUCAUCUGCGGAUCGGCUCUGACUGGAAGAAUGCAUGUAAUAUGCUGAAGGAUGGGACAGCUGGAUCACACUUCAUGGCUUCACCACAGUGCGUAGGCUAUGACCGAAACAAUGCUGUGCCUCUCACAAUGGACAUGUGCCUGCCAGACCUAAAGGAAAUCAAGCGUGCGCUCAAGCUCUGGGUGAAGAAGAUGGAAGCUAAGUCUGUCUACAUUGCCACUGAUUCUGAGCCCUACACUACAGAAAUACAGCAGCUUUUCGAAGGAAAAAUCAAAGUGGUGAAUUUGCAGCCCGAAGUGGCCCAGAUAGACUUGUAUAUCCUUGGCCAGUCUGACCAUUUUAUUGGGAACUGUGUCUCUUCAUUUACUGCCUUUGUGAAACGAGAACGUGAUGUGCAUGGGAGGCCCUCCUCAUUUUUUGGCAUGGACCACCCCCCAAGGCUGCGGGAUGAAUUCUGAUCAGGAGAGGAAGAGGCAGAUUUUAAUUGUUCUUAUAGCUCUGAACACUAAUGCACUGUUAGCAGACACAUCAUGAUAAAAAUGUCAUCUUAGGACAUUCAAUUCCACUAUGACAAGCCUGUCCCCAUACCUUCAUCCUGGCCUCACAUUAAUAUUUGGAUUCAUUUCUGAUCACCUUCUCAGUAAUUCCAUGAUGUCAGCAUAAGAUCAGAAAUGGAAAAUCAAUUUUAAACUAUGGGGUGACCUCUUGUAGGAAACUUUCCAUUCUCAUUAUUUGGGAUUUAGCAGCCACCAGAAUCAGAUAGCGGCUCAGAUUCCCCUCUCUUCAUUUCCCAUAUCUUACUGUUUCUCCUGCAAGUGCUGGGAAGCAUUUGCCUAAAGCUUAGAACUGAGCAUCAGAAGAUCUGAGUUUUAUUUUGAGGACUGCUGGUGUCCGAUAUGGGCAAGUCACCUUUGUGCCUCAGUUUCCCAUCUGUAAAAUGGGUUUAAUACUUCUACCUCACAGGAGUGUUGAGACUAAAUUUAAUAAUGUCUGUAAAUUACUGAGAUUGCCAAAGGGUGUUGCAGAAGUAUGGCGUUGUUAUAUCAUAAUGAUUCAGUUGUCUGUUUAGUACCUGCGCUGACCAUGGCACAGAGAACACUGAUGGGGGCAGUCUUCUUUAGCUUGUCGUGGACUGGUGUUUUAUGAUUUCAUAGCUGUUGUCUCUUGCUUUGAGAGGGAGAUUGACAUUCGGUCCCAGGGAUCGGUGGAGAUCAGUAAAUAUUAGAAGCUAAUAUUUUUAAAUGGAACCGAAAUGUUAAAAUAACCUCAGUAAAGCAUUAGGAGGCAGUAUGGUGGGUUUUAUCCAAUGUAGGUUUGUGCUAAUCGUUUUUCUGCAUUUUCUCACAAAGAGCCCUCUCCACUGACAGUAAAAUCUGAUCCACAGUGAUGGUUCCCAUUAAAUUAAUUAGGGACAUUGUCCCUUUGCAGUGAGAUGCUAACAGAAACCUGGAUUAAGACUUUUGACCAGUACAGUUUAAUUUUGCAUGAGUAACUGUGAUGAUCCACGUCAUUAUCCCUGUGUGGAACAAUCUUGUUACUCCUGUGGCUAUUGGUAAAUUACUGAGUUUUGGCACUCACUCCCUUUUCGAUAGGGAUUAGUUGUACAGCUAGGGCAUCUUCUCCUGAUGUGCUCUUUGCAUCUGGGGAACUCACUCAUAUCUGAGCAUUUUUCUUUGGUUUAACUCUGUCUCCUCUUAUUUGGGUUCCUGUGCCUUAUAGCAAAUGUCAAAGGAGUUGAGGCCCAUGAUAAAUUGAAAGCUAACUAAGGUGUUGUGUCACUAUACACUAGCCUCGUGCUUUUCGGUGCUAAUUUCAAAAAUGUGUCAGAUUUGGUUAUUUCAGUGGUGCUAACUGUGAGCAGGAUUUAGGCUAGCUGGAAAUUUAUGUAACUGUGGAAGCUCAUAAACCUAAGCAGUUUAGAUCCAUCAGUAUUUUCCUCCAAUUUAUGAUGGUAUUGAAAGAUGCAAUCAAAGGCUGCAUUGAUUAGAAAUGGCUAAUGAUUUAGACCGAUUACUGAGAUUUGCAAAAUAUCAUGGUUUAGAGGAUGUAUUUUGACCUAAGGAGCAUUGGCAAGAAAAUAUUUUUUGUAUUUUUUUCAUAAUAAAAUACAAUUUAUCUUUG